CAGACGAACAUCCUGCUCUUUGUGAAUAUUUUUACAGUCCAGACUGUUGGCUGUCAGACCUGCUGACCAAACGCUGCCAGGAUCAGUCAGGUGGUGGACAGCGGCUUUUUAGAGGUUUUACUCUGAAAACAGCCGCCUGCUGAGGCUGAAAACAACGCGACGAGAGCGGUAAGAGUGAACCAGAACGGUAAAGUUGUGGUCCAGACCAAUAAACAAUGUACUUUUUAAUCACUUGGUGCUUUAUUAGCCACUUUAACCAAGCAGUUGUUGUUUUAACCAGGGUUCCCUACCUUAACCAAACUGUGAUUUUAACCUAAAUAUGCGAGAAGUGCUGCUCUUUAGUGCUUCCAGAUCUUAUCUAAGUGACUGUACUUUCUCUUUGUCUGCAGGAAAUGCCUUGUCUGUGAUUACCUGUGGGGUUCCUCAGGGCUCGAUCCUUGGCCCACCAUUGUUUUCAGUUUAUAUGUUACCUCUAAGUCGAUUUAUCUGAAAUAACAUGAUUUUUCUUCACUGCUACGCUGAUGAUACUCCGCUGUAUCUGUCUCUCCUCUGUCACAUCAUAUACAACCUGCUGGGAGGAUAUAAAAUCCUGGAUGACUGGAAUGAAAACAGAAAUCAGCUGUUCGGAUGUGAGGCUGAAUCAGGUGUAGCCCCGUGAUAUUAAAACGCCACAGACUAAUUUAUAGUUCUCAUCAUCGGCGCUCAUAAAGUGGUAUUAUGGGCUGAGCGGAGGAGGAGCGGGUGGGGCCUGGCUGGGAACACAGAGGCAGACUGUGGUCACUGACCGGAGACUCUACUGGCUUUUAUUCUACUCAGAUCAGACCGCAUGUCUGACCCAGGGGUCCGCCUGCUGCCGGGAGCAAACAGCGCUCAUUUCCCCGAUAUUUGACAGAUGGAUGCUGUCCUGUCCUGAGAGAAGGAGGAUGAAAAAAUCGCCUGAUAUAUUUUUUUGGCAUUUUCGCUCAUAGCCUAUUUAUGGGAGGCAGCGGCGGCUUGGCCCUUUCUUUAUUAUAGGGAAGAGAUCUCCGCGGUUAGCUAUGUGAAGAGCAAAGAUCUCCCUAAUAAUUCUCAUUUCGCGAUCCUGAGGAAUAAUUAUGAACAACGCGCAAGAUAUGUCGCCCGAUUUCGUGUUGAUGCGCCUGGUUUCCGCGGCCGAAGAUGACCGCUUGGACGCAGAAAACGGGAAUCUGCCGCCGGGAGGAGUGGUGGCAGGGCUGGGGAAGGAGGUCCUGGCUCACAGCGGCGUCAAAGCGGGGUUGGAUAUAAGCCGAGAUCCGACGGCGGGCCUCGAGCACCCCAGCAGCCGCCUGAACAAAACCCAGCCGAGCGGCGAGGGCACGGCUGCACCUGACACCGGGGUGACGGAGAGCCGAGCCCCGCUGUCCGCGCCUCCUCCGCCGCAGAGCCCCAUGGAGGCCCAGGGCUUUGACUUCGCUCCCAGCCCUGGCCUACGGCCUCAGCUGCUGGUCUUCUCCAAUAUAAUGCGGAACGGAGAGGGGAUUUUAGAAUUAGACCGUCGGAAUCAGCCGAGGGAUGCUCUGGGUUUGGACCAGAGCCCGGGGUCUGGCUGCUCCGGCCCGUCCGUCAAUAACAACACCCUGAGUCCCGGGGACGUGCAGCAGCAGCAGCAGAACCUGCUGGACCGGACGUGGGGAGCGCAUCCGCCGGUCUCGGUAUCCGCGGAGAUGCAGGGAGCUGCGGAGCUGUGCCGCCGGCAUCGACUCAUCACUACCCCGCCCGAGUGGCCCUUGUUGUCGGAGAGAUCCAACCCUCUCACCGUGAUCGACUCUAACUGGGGCUGCGCCACCAGGGACAGAGAGGGAGCCGUGUUUGAGCUGGCCCGGCGGUUCGGGGAGCUGGGGGUCGGUGCGGUGCCCAAGAUGCUGUUCAAAGCAGGGGAGCUCCCGCAGUGUUCGUGUCAGGGCGCGCACGGGCCGGGAGGAGGGGGAGUAGAACCCGGGGAUGACCCCACGGAGACCAGCGAUGCUUUGUUGGUGCUGGAGGGGCUGGGGAGCGGGGACGUUGCCGGCCUGGGCAUGGAGGAGUGCCCGGAGGACGAGGCGGACGACGAGAACGGACGCCGCGAGUUUCUACUCAACAGGAAAAGGGAGAUAGUUCAGAAAAUGUCCGGGGCUUUCUCCAUCAGCAGCUUCCAGGCGGAGCUGAGGAGGCAGGUGGAGGGGAUGGCCCCGGCGGCGACACAGGCGGCGGCAGCGGCGCAUCUUGGCGCGCAGGUGUGCAGCCUCCACGGGAGCUUAGCCAGCCGGCUGUCGCAGGUAAACUCCGGGGAUUCGGAGGUUUCAGGGGCUCAGGUUUCAGCCGUGUCACCGUCACCUACGCCGGUGCAGAGCUCACCCUGGGCCACGAGCCCCAAUCUGAGCCAGGCGUCGACACCCAGGAGGCGGCCGGAGCGGUGCGCCAGCGCGCCGCGGACUCCCACAGGCCGGGCUGCAGGUGCGGAAAAGACGCUCAAAGUUCCGGGGAAGUCCAAAAAGGGCUCGUUAAAGAUCCGCCUGAGCAAACUGUUCCGGACUAAAAGCUGCAGCGGCUCCAACCACCUCCUGGACAAGAGGCCCUCAGUCACCUACUCAGUGUCUUCUGCCGGGAGUCUGGUGGACAUGGCGAGCGCUGGUGGAGCUGAGCAGGACGCAGACAGCCACAACCAGCCCAGACUGACCAGGGCCCACAGUGCCUUCUCCCCCGCCUCCCUCUCUGCCUCCCUCUCUGCUUUCACUGGUGAGACAGUUUCUCUGGUGGAUGUGGAUAUUUCCCGGCGAGGGGCGAACACGCCACACCCUCCCACGCCUCCCCCUCCUCCACGCCGAAGUCUCAGUCUGUUAGAUGACAUAGCCGGGCCCCAGCCUGGGCCUUUCCUAGUGAGCGUCAUGGGCGCCUCCCUGCAGUCCCUCCCCCUGCCUCUCCCUCCUCCUCCUCCUCCCUCCCACGCCACCAUCCAGCACAGCCUCAGCCUCAAUGACGCCUUCCUCCGGGCCCUUCCUCACUCCACCCCGUCGCCGGCUGACACGCUGCCCCCCACCAGACAGGCUCCGCCCCCCAUGCUGUGUGCCCUGCGGCGGUCCGAGGCCAGCAACUUCACCGCCAGUCUGAGAGAGCUGGAGAAGUGCGGCUGGUACUGGGGCCCGAUGAACUGGGAGGACGCGGAGAUGAAACUGAAGGGGAAACCGGACGGAUCCUUCCUGGUCCGAGACAGCUCAGACCCUCGGUACAUCCUGAGCCUCAGCUUCAGGUCUCAGGGAGUCACGCACCACACACGCAUGGAGCACUACCGAGGGACGUUCAGCCUGUGGUGUCACCCGAAGUUUGAGGACCGCUGCCACUCGGUGGUGGAGUUCAUCGAGCGAGCCAUCAUGCACUCCAAGAACGGCAAAUUCCUCUACUUCCUCCGCUCAAGAGUCCCAGGGCUUCCUCCCACCCCAGUCCAGCUGCUGUAUCCCGUAUCUCGCUUCAGCAACGUGAAGUCGCUACAACAUCUCUGUCGCUUCUGCAUCCGACAAAUAGUUCGCAUCGACCACAUCCAGGAGCUUCCACUGCCCAGACCACUGAUCUCCUACCUGAGUAAGUUUUAUUACUACGACCCCGAGGAGGAGAUGUAUCUGUCAAUCAAGAGCAUCCGGAGGGUGGUGGGAGCAGAGCAGGAGGCCGAGUCACAGACGUAGCAGCAGAGAUCUUCUCAGCUCAAGUUUCUGUGUGGAGGACUGAUCUGUACUGGUCUGCCAGUCUUCCAGCAUCAGCCGAUCAGAGUCCCUGGAAAUCUGUGUGUCCAGUUGGACUGGGAUGGACCCGCCUCUCUGUUGAUUUGGACUAAUGAAAGGAGGGAAAAUGUUUGGGGGAUUAACUGUCGACAGGAAGCGCCGGCGCAGAGGACUCAGCCUUGUCUUCUUCGGAGGGGACUGCAGAGAUGUUCUUGCCUGCAAACACGUCGGUGGAAACAAAAAGGAAGAGCGUUGAUUUUGAACUCAAUUUGCAAAAUUUUCCUGAACCCCUGCUGAACUGGACUUUUAAAACACAAAUGCACUGGUCAAUUUGUACAACUGUUGUUUGCUGCCGUUUUCUUGUUUUUCCUUCCAUUCUGUCAAAAUGAGGGUUUUUGGAUUAAAAGUUUCCCUCAGGAUUGAUGUACACACUGAGGCAGGGCAGCAGAGGCCGAUCACUGAGCAGUCGGACGGUCAGAGUGUUUAGGAGGUUGGGUGAAAUGUUUGUCUUAAAUCAAGGGAUAUAUUUUGUUUGGUUUUUCUGCAUGAGGAAAACCAUGUUUCCAUCGUUAGCUACAAUGCUAAUGCUGAUUGGAUCAAAAAUCUAAAGUUUAUUUUACUUAAUUUUACCAGAAGUGCUUGUUGCACCAACUUACACCAGCUGUUUUAUGGUUAUGUUUGGACACUUGGUCAGGGUUUAAUGCCGAAAAAGUUAAAUUCUACACAACCUUUAUUUACAUUUAACCAAAAACCACAAUCUUUUUGUUGUCUAAACCACAGACAGGACUCUGGAUGUGAACCCUGGUCUCUACUAUGACAGUCAUGGGCUUUUUAUGCCAUUUCAUUUCCUACAAAACAUAUUUGCUGUUGCAGAUUAGUUUUACAGUUGGUCAACUUACAGCAACCUGUACAACUUUGUCCAUCUCAUUCUAAUCGCUAUUUUUCUGUUGCUAUUUUUCAUGGAUGUAGGUUGAUAGCUCGCUAUACAGGAGGAUCCCCAUUCUUAAUCAUGUCACAAAGCUCUGAUUGAUCAGCUGUUUCUACAGCUCUGGUAAACAGCCGUCAAUGAGCCUCACACCAGAAGUAUAAAGAAAGCUGGAUCUAGCAACCCCACACAGCCUUACUGCCAAAUUACUCCUAGUGGCCACUUGUGGAACUGCAACAAAAAAGUCCCCCACAGCCCAUCAUCAUAACAGACGUCGAAAACAAAACAAGGUUUUUACUCUUUCUGUUUUUGUGAAUUUUUAAUCCAUGGAGAUUUGAUAUUUGUAAAACCUUCCCACAGCCUGGAAAAUUGAGUUUUAUUUUAUUUUAUUUUCCCCAAGUAAAGUCUAUGGAGGUUGGAACCAGCAGAUGAAAUACUACUGUGCAUGUUGGUCGCACAUUGAAAACUUUUUGGCUGAAGCACCACUCAGGCAGUUCUCAUUCAACUGAAUGGACGUCAUCUUUGCUUCUGAUAUCCAGUUCCUUUCAUACACCCCUGGUUAACACCUGCUAGCGUAGGUGUUUCUCAUUAGCGAGACAUGUCCUUGAUCUCAUCUGCUUCGCACUCGUUGUACAACACGUCCUAGAGCUGCAAUAGGCUCAUCUAUUGAGGCCACUGCUGGUGGAUAUUUUGUUCCUGCUGCUCUUUACAGGAGAUUUAACUCCUGUAGGUCUUGUUUUUUUCAGACAGAAAUUCACAGGAGAAGAAAAAUGCACCAAAGAAAGAAAACACCCUCAGAAAUUCAAAUUACAGGACAGAUUAAAAGUCGACUUUUCUUUAGUAGUUAAAUAACCAGAACUGAAAGCAAAAGAAUAAAAUAAACAUAACAUUAAUGUUGAGACAUUUGUUUGACUUUGGUGUUAAUGCGCUGGGAGUUGCCUCAGUUUCCCAUCAUGCCCUGCCUCACAGUGUGUAUAUCUGCCAUGGUUGAUCUCUACCUGUCAGUUUGAUUUGUUGAAAUGCCCAGGUGUAUUUUGCUCAUUCUGUUUCUCAGUUCCCUGACGCUGGCUACCGGCCCAGCAUUUUCAGUAAAAAAAAAAAAAAAAGAACAAGAAGAAAAAUAAAUAUUGGUAUGUGUCGUAA